AUGUACGACGAUGUCUACCACGACACCGUUUAUGAUGUCGCAGAAGCGCAAGCAGCGGUUCAGAGAAGUAACGACGAGGUCGUGGAGAAGGGUUGUGUGAGAGUUGGGCAUGAUUUUCGUAUGCGUAGGAGUAAAAAUUGUCGAUUGCUUAAGUCUCAUUUGGCGUCAGGGGUUUGGAAUUUGAGUCGUGAGCAAGGGAACAAGCUGACACUCAAUGUCGGGAACCGCAGGAAGAUUGAUCUGAAUUGUCCCUUUUGCGCGUGCAAUGAGACCUGGAACCUGCACUCUGCAUUUUGUUUGAGGCGGGUCUUUCGGGGAUUCCAUGACUAUGGCGACCCAAUUGUUCGAGCUUAA